CGUCUCCCAAAAAUUCAAAUCGUUUCGAAAUUUCAUUUUCCGCCCAAAUCGAUUUCCCAAUCUCUCUCUCUCCGGCUUCUCCGUCCGUCGCAACCCUAACGGUCGACAUAUUCAGAUUUCGCCGGCGAAAGCUCAGAUCUCCCGUUCCAGUAGCUAAUUCCGACCAUCAUUCCGCCGCUCGCCGUGUCAAUCGACGGGAUCGAAUUGAAUCGAGCCCUCUCCGAAGAACACACUUAGAGAGGAGGAAGCAGUUUCUUUCCACAAGCACCGUUGGCCUCAGUUCUUUUGUUUAGUUCCAGACGAACGGUCCAAUGAUGGCUUCUCGGAACCAGAACAGGCCUCCUCGGAGUCCUGCUACUAAACGGGGUGAUGGUGACGGGGUUCCGUUAGACAAGCGUCGGAGGGUUGGAGCUGCUGCAGUGAAGACAGGAGGCGGCGACCGUAAGCCGUUUGGUUCCAUUAACAGGAAGCUGGAUGCGGCGGCCAGCUCGGCAGAUGCAAGCAUCAAUGAUGCUGCGGAGAGUAUUUGCACCGAGUUCACGAAGGAGGAAGUUGAGGCAUUGGUAAACGAGAGGCCCAAGAUGAAGAGAUUUGAUCUCAAGGGAAAUUUGGAAGUAACGACUGAGCUUAACAGCAGGCUCAAGCUUUGUCUCAAAUGGUGUCAGAAAAGAGAGGAAGGUCAUGUUGAGGAGGAGAGCAAGCUCCGAAAUGCUUUGGAAACUUGCGAGAAGCGAUGUGCGGAUACUGAGAUGGAAAUGCUACGAACUGAAGAGGUGUCUAGAACAACUAUAGCAGACUUGACUAAAGAGCUUUCAUCUUUGAAGGAUAAGCUUUCCAAGGAAGAAUCAGAGAAGCUGGCUGCCACUGAAAGUUAUAGGAUGGAACGUGAGGCAAGAAUCACAUUAGAGUCUGAGAAGGCUUCUCUCUCGAAAGAACUUGAGGAAGCUAAUAAGAAGGCUUCCUUGGAUGCGGACAGACAUAACAGCUUGAAGGCGUACAAUGAGAGCCUACAACAUUACAAUACCAAAUUGCAGAGUGACCUUGACGCAACACGGGACAAUUUGAAACGAGUGGAGCAAGAGAAGGCCGCAGUAGUCGAGAACCUAAGUACCGUAAGGGGCCAUAAACAGUCAUUGCAGGAACAGCUAGCUAUUUCAAGAGCUUCUCAAGAUGAGGCAGUCAAUAUGAAACAUUCAUUGGCCAAUGAAGUAAAAUGCCUUCGUGGGGAUCUUCAACAAGUGAGAGAUGAUCGUGAUCGACAGUUGGUUCAAGUUCAGGCCUUGAACGCUGAACUAUUGAAAUAUAAAGAAAACACAGGCAAAUCCCAGGCUGAACUGGAUGUCCUUAUUUCAAGAACAAAGUCAUUAGAGGAAACUUGUUCUUCUCAAAGCCAGCAGAUAAGUUUGUUGGAGCAGAAAUUGAUUGCAGCAAAUGAGAAGUCAAAGACGUUGGACAUGACUGCUGCUGAAGCACAGACAGGGUUUGUGGAACAAAGAAAAAUAGUUAGUGAAUUGCAAGAGCGACUUGCCGAUGCAGAACAUCAACUCCUUGAAGGAGAGAAGUUGAGGAAGAAGUUGCAUAACACUAUUUUGGAACUUAAGGGCAACAUCCGAGUUUUCUGUAGAGUUCGUCCUUCGUUGCCAGAUGAUGCUCGGACUGAUACACAAGUUGUUACUUAUCCUAGUUCUGUAGAAUCCCUUGGUCGUGGGAUUGACGUCAUGCAAAAUGGUCAGAAGUACCCUUUCACAUUCGAUAAGGUGUUCAGCCAUGAUGCUUCACAACAAGAUGUAUUUGUGGAAAUUUCCCAAUUGGUUCAAAGUGCCCUUGAUGGCUAUAAGGUCUGCAUAUUCGCCUAUGGACAGACGGGUUCUGGGAAAACCUACACCAUGAUGGGGAGGCCUGAAGCACCCGAGUUGAAGGGCCUGAUCCCGCGCUCCCUCGAGCAGAUAUUUCAAGCUAGUCAAGUACUUAUGGCCCAGGGCUGGAAGUACAAAAUGCAGGCCUCAAUGUUGGAGAUAUACAAUGAAACAAUUAGGGACUUGCUAUCACCAAACCGUUCCUCCAGCGGCGAUAUCAGCAGUGCACCUGGAAAGCAAUACAACAUAAAACAUGACGCUAAUGGAAAUACACAGGUGACAGACCUUACUGUCGUUGAUGUGAGCAGCAUAUCAGAGAUUUCCUCUCUCCUUCGACAGGCAGCUCAAAGCAGAUCUGUUGGGAGAACCCAAAUGAAUGAGCAGUCUUCAAGAAGCCACUUUGUUUUCACUCUGCGAAUUUACGGGGUGAACGAGGGAACUGAGCAACAGGUGCAAGGCGUUCUCAACCUCAUCGAUCUCGCCGGGAGCGAACGCCUUUCCAGAAGCGGAGCAACUGGCGAUAGGUUGAAGGAGACUCAGGCCAUAAACAAGAGUCUGUCAUGCUUAGCUGAUGUAAUCUUCGCCCUGGCCAAGAAAGAAGACCACGUUCCCUUCAGGAACUCCAAGCUGACGUAUCUUCUUCAGCCUUGUUUAGGCGGGGACUCGAAAACGCUGAUGUUCGUCAACGUGUCCCCCGACCCUUCCUCCGUCGGAGAAUCAUUAUGCUCUCUGAAGUUCGCGGCCAGAGUCAACGCCUGCGAAAUCGGGGUUCCCAGGCGCCAGACGAACUUGAGACCCGCCAUUGCUGCUGCCGAUGCCCGUUUGAGCUAUGGCUAAAAAGUAAAAAACGCACACAAUCAAGCUAGCUGCUAGCUAGUUAAGCCUUUUGUUUCUUUCUUUUUCCCCUCACCCGGUCAUAUUUGUUCGAUCAUUAUGAUCUUUCGUUGGAGCAAAAUAAGCUUUGGGUGUGUGGCGUGUGUUUGUCUGUAGAUUUCCUUUAACCUGAUUUGUGGGAUGUUUUUUUGUUUGUUUGUUUUGUUUCUGACAAGACGGAUGUAGAGAGAACAGAAUGGCUUGCGCUGUAUUACUUGGGUUUGUGAUUCUAUUUUGGCAAAAAAGUUCACCACUUGGUUGAACUUGUUGCUGAUACCUACUAUUGAACUGAUUACUGAAUCCAGUUUGUGAGUUGGAAUGAACGUUAACUUCGCCAAGUGGUAAGCAGGCACCAAGGAAAACAACACUCUCCAGUUUGUGAGCUGGAAUGAAAGUUUCAAGGUGAA